CCUCCCCUUUCCGGGGCUAAGCGAAUCACGGACCGUCAUCAUCCCAAGGAAACAUCAUUUGAAAGUUUUCUCCUGUUCCAGAAAAUCCACCAUUGACCAUCCACUUGAUAGCGAUACCUCAGCUGGUCAUCCAUCGCACAAUUUUGUGCGUUUAAUGUACACUACGAAGUCAGUGUAUGGCCUCAUAGCGAGGCAGUCUCGAGUAUACGCUGGUCGUCCACGACACUCCUUCGGGUGCAAGAAGAAAUAUUUCACCAUGGAUUUCUCAACAAAUGCAGGGUCAGAAGAGAAGAAGUCGGUGCAUCAUGAUACACAUGCGCAGCCACCAGAUUUCAUAGUACGAGAACAUUGGAAGUACCAAAGCAUGAGAAAAGCCGAGCUGGAGAGCGAUCCAAACGUUUUCGAUCUCAGUAAUAGGGACUCGUUCUCCGAAGAACAGAAGCAGAUCUGGCAACCGGCUGGCGUGAUACCAGCUGCUCGUGUCCAGAGCGCAUGCGAGGCGUACGCCGGAGGCAAGCCACUGUAUACGCCAUGCAAAGACGUACCGUACUUCGAACAUCGCGAUUUUCCAGGUUUGCAGGUGAUUCCGGGUCUGUUACCACCCGAGACGCAGGUGCUGUUCACAUCGUGCUUAAUGCAUAGGGAUCUGGCCGAUCCCGAGCAUAAGAUUAAUCUUCAAGCCGAUUUCGACAUACCGUACCCGCCAAAGACUUCAUCAGACGGCCAACGGUUCGACACUUCAUUUUUCGCUCGCGACCGUGCGUCGGCAGAGCAUGAUUUAGUACCGAAAGAUUCAACCAAAAACAAACCGCUCAAGAAUGAGCAGUUCCUGUACUCCAGGUUACGCUGGCUCACUCUCGGCGAUCAGUACGAUUGGCCGACGCGAAGUUAUGCACAACAUGCAACUCCGUUUCCUGAGGAUCUUUCAACACUGGUCACUGGCCUGUUUCCUCACAUCAAGCCAGAGUCCGGAGUUGUGUUGAUGUACAGCGCAAAAGACUUUAUGCCCGUCCAUCGUGAUGUUAGUGAACAGUGUCAACGAGCUCUUGCCAGUUUCAGCGUCGGUUGCGAUGGCAUUUUUAUUAUGGCACGAGGGGAGGACAACGGCCAAGGCGAGAAUGAACCGAAGACGGUGGUUCUGCGAGUUCGAAGUGGUGAUUGUGUACACCUCGACGGAGAAGCUCGUUGGGCCUGGCAUGCCAUGGCACGUACGAUACCAAGCACCUGUCCACCUCAUUUGGCCGAUUGGCCUGUCGGCACUCCCGGCGCAACACCCCAGGAGCAAAGGAUUUUCAAGAAGUGGAAGGGUUACAUGAGCUCUAAACGAAUCAACGUGAGCUGUCGACAAGUCUGGGAUUGA